AUGUCUGUGUCGCUGUCCUACUUCCAACGCGGAUGUACGCCGGCAUCACGUCCCGGCCUCAAUGCCCUCGGCCGCUGCGUCCACCUUGCCGCGGUCUCCAUGGCGCACGAACCCCAUGACGAGAGAAAGACCGUCCCUAAUUACUCCUGUACUAAACGAGGGACCCUGGCUGGUUUUAUUGGGGAUGAACUUUCCGACACCACUAUACCCAUGGCACAAAUCCUUGGCAUGUAUGGGUACGCACAGAUCAGUUAUGGCGCAACGCAUUCCGUGCUCAGCGACAGACGAGUUUAUCCGACGUUUUUCCGAACAGUUCAAAAUGACCAUGUCAGUUAUUAUAUUUUAUCCAAGCUGCUGAAAUACUUUGGCUGGAACUGGGUCGGCAUUUUAACCACAGAUGAUGAAAGUGGAGAAAACGAAAGCCAAGUACUGACAAAGUAUAUGAAAGACGAUGGAAUUUGUGCUGAAUAUGUAAUAAAAAUACAUUAUUUUCAAAGCAUGUUUGAAAGUUUUGAAUACGCUUUCAAAACAAUAGAAAGAUCAACAUCUCAAGUUAUCAUAUUUUGUGGUUCCUUUUCUGAAGCUUUUAUGUUUAUUAUUAGGGAAACAAAACAUUUGUUAACCAAUAAAUCUGUAAUUCUUGGCACAAGGUGGUCUUCAAACACAUUUCUGUUCAAGUCUGUCUCUGAUGUAUUUAACGGGAGUCUGACUCUGAAACCGUAUUACAAGGACCAUGUUCCAAAACUUUCAUUCUUCCUUGAGAAAUUUCACCCAAAGAACUACCCAGAUGACAAGUUACUGGAAGAUUUGUGGGUAACAGCUUUUAAAUGCUUGUCUCCAGAUCCCUAUAAAAACCAGUAUUAUGAAAUUAAUUUGGGGUACUCGCUUCAUAACUGUACUGGGAGAGAACGAUUGAAAGACAUUGUUAACGUUAUCAACAACGGGGAUGCUUCUCGAGUGAAUAAUGCAGUGCUUGUGAUGGCUAAAGCCCUACACAAUAUGUACAUAUUCCAGGAAAAAAAUGGAAAUAAAAUCAAAAUAACUAAUUACAAACAUCAGUUGCACCAUUACAUAAGAAAUCUGAAAGCCGAGGACCAAACCUCUCAUCUAGAUUUUGAUGAAAAUGGAGAGUAUGUUACCCCACACGUAAUUCGGAACUGGGUUGGAAAUAAGGAAGAAGAUAAAUCCUUUGAUGUGGUCGGUAUCUUUGAUCCGUGGGCUCCGGCUGAUCAGCAACUUAACAUCAAACCCGGUCUAAUAACCUGGAAGAACGAAGCCAACCAGGGUCCAAAAGUAAAUGGACAAUUGACUCAAAAGCUGCUUCAUGGACAGGUGCGGGCCAUUCCUUUGGUAUUUUUUUCAUCAAUUAAGCAGGUAACAGGUCUGGAGUUGACUCGAGGGGUGGCAUUCACAUUUGGAAGCUGGUCAGACAUCAGAGAGCUAGCAGGGACAUUAGGAGUGGUGAAAUCAACAGUUUGGAAAGCCCCGGGGUCUGAGAUCCAUUCCUGCUGCUAUGACUGCGUCCUGUGCUCAGAGGGAGAAAUCUCCAAUAUGACCGACAGCGAGAACUGCAUAAAAUGCGCACAUAAUGAAUGGCCCAAUGAGAAGAAGGAUCUGUGUGUUCCCAAAAUGGAAGAGUUUUUGUCCUAUGAUGAUGCUGUUGCUAUAGCAUUUACAUCAAUCUCAAUUUUAUUUUGUCUUCUAACUGUUACAGUAUCAGGGAUUUUUGUUUCAUAUAAAAAUACCCCAAUUGUAAAAGCCAAUAACUGGAGCCUCAGCCUGAUCCUCCUGGUCUCCAUCAUGAUGAGCUUCCUUUGUGUCUUUCUGUUCUUUGGUCGUCCUUUGGAUAUAACCUGCAUACUGCGCCAAACUGUCUUUGGAGUUGCCUUCUCAUCAGCCGUGUCUUCUGUGCUGGCCAAGACUAUCAUGAUUUUUGUCGCUUUUAAAGCCACUAAACCUGGCAGUGUCUGGAGAAAAUGUCUCGGAAUCAAACUGUCUGCUUCUGUUGUCUUGUUUGGCUCAUCUGUCCAAGUCAUAAUUAUUAUUUUUUGGUUGUCCAUUUCCCCCCCAUUCCAGGAGCUGGACAUGCACUCUUAUCAGGGAAAGAUCAUCAUUCAGUGUAAUGAGGGCUCGGUUAUUGCCUUCUACAGUGUCCUGGGUUAUUUGGGGCUUCUGGCAGCUGUUAGUUUUAUUAUAGCUUUUUUAGCCAGGACAUUACCGGACAGUUUUAAUGAGGCCAAGUACAUCACCUUCAGCAUGCUGGUGUUCUGCAGCGUUUGGAUUGCGAUGAUCCCGGCCUACCUGAGCACCAAAGGGAAGAACAUGGUGGCCGUGGAGAUUUUUGCCAUACUGGCUUCAAGUGCUGGACUUUUAGGAUGUAUAUUUAUUCCAAAAUGUUAUAUAAUUAUAUUUAGACCCGAAAAUAACUCAAAAACACAAUUGUUUUGUAGCAGAAAUAACAAUCUGUAG